AUGAUAAUGCGCCUUUCCAAAGCCCUAAUAGACAUGGAGAUGGCAGAUUAUAGCGCAGCGCUAGACCCGGCGUAUACCACUCUGGAGUUUGAGAAUAUGCAGGUGCUGGCGAUGGGCAAUGACACGUCUCCAUCAGAAGCAGCCAACCUCAACGCUUCCAACAGCAUCGGGGUGAGCGCGCUGUGUGCCAUCUGCGGGGACCGCGCCACGGGGAAGCAUUACGGGGCUUCCAGCUGCGAUGGCUGCAAAGGCUUCUUCAGGAGGAGCGUCCGGAAGAACCACAUGUAUUCCUGCAGGUUCAACAGGCAGUGUGUGGUAGACAAAGACAAAAGAAACCAGUGCCGAUACUGCAGGCUUAAGAAGUGCUUUCAGCCAAAAUACUCUCUUGCAGCUGUACAAAACGAACGGGACCGAAUCAGCACCCGGAGAUCAAGUUAUGAAGACAGCAGCUUGCCCUCCAUCAAUGUCUUACUGCAGGCAGAAGUCCUGGCACAACAGAUAUCAUCCCCAGUUCCUGUAAUCAAUGGAGACAUCCGAGGGAAGAAGAUUGCCAACAUCGCCGACGUCUGUGAAUCCAUGAGGCAGCAGCUGCUGGUGCUGGUGGAGUGGGCCAAGUACAUCCCUGCCUUCUGCGAGCUGCCCCUGGAUGACCAGGUAGCACUGCUGCGAGCACACGCAGGGGAACAUCUGUUACUGGGAGCUGCCAAGAGGUCCAUGGUGUUCAAGGAUGUCUUGCUGCUAGGAAACGACCACAUCAUCCCACGGAACUGCCCUGAACUGGUGGAGGUGAACCGCGUGGCCAUCCGCAUCCUGGACGAGCUGGUCCUCCCCUUCCAAGAGCUGCAGAUAGACGAUAACGAAUAUGCCUGCUUGAAAGCCAUAAUUUUCUUCGACCCAGAUGCCAAAGGACUGAGCGACCCCUCCAAGAUCAAGCGGAUGCGGUACCAGGUGCAGGUCAGCCUGGAGGACUACAUCAACGACCGGCAGUACGACUCACGGGGCCGCUUCGGGGAGCUGCUGCUGCUGCUGCCUGUGCUGCAGAGCAUCACCUGGCAGAUGAUAGAGCAGAUCCAGUUUGUCAAGCUCUUCGGCAUGGCCAAGAUUGACAACCUGCUGCAGGAGAUGCUGUUGGGAGGCUCAUCGAGUGAAACGCCGCAUGCUCACCACCCCCUGCACCCUCAUCUGAUCCAGGAGAACCUGGGAACAAACGUCAUUGUGGCCAACACAAUGCCUCCUCAGAUGCACAAUGGGCAGAUGUCUACUCCAGAAACUCCACAGCCAUCCCCACCAGCAGGCUCAGGACCAGAGCAAUAUAAGCUGCUGCCCGGAGCUAUUGCAACUGUGGCAAAACAGCCCACCUCCAUCCCGCAGCCCGCCAUCACAAAACAGGAGGUCAUCUAG